GCCGUCAUCUGACCCCCUGCGCUGAGGUUUUACCUGGCCGUGGAUGGCUGUAGUUGGAGGAAAUGUCACUGCAACUUGUUACUCUGGACGCCUUCGCCCACAAUCUGAAGUGAUGACGCUGAUGUUCUCCCGACGGAUUUUCCUCACCAGCAGCUCUUGUGUCUACUGAGGCAUGUGAUUAUGUUGGUUUGGGCAGUGCAUGCUUUGUUCAUAGAAAGGAAAUGUGAGGGAGUGUGUGUGUGUGAUGGGUCGGUGCAGCGUGAGGAUAAAGUGUUCCUUGAGGUUUCCCUAACACCCGCAUUAGUGGUAAGACCACAGUAACCACCUCCAGAUGUUUGAGAGCACAAUCUGAUUAUUUAUUUAUGCAAUAAGGCCAAUGAACAUCACCCCCUUCACACUUUAACUUUUUGCUCCUAUGGUGAUGCCCAAGUUAAUGCUUAAUCUAAGUACAGACCCUUAAUUGCUAAGGCCAAGCCCUGUUUAUGGGAGGGAGGUUACUUUCAUGCGAACAGAUCAGUGAUUGCAGACCAGAGGCAUACAAGCUCAGGGACUCCUCUGAGUCCACCAGUCAAGCAGCGGGACCUUCAGGGUUGACCACAGGAAGCAGCCAACAUGCCCAAAGUGUGCUUCACAUCCAAGGCCGUCGCCUCUGCCUUUGCCAUCCUGACCGUCUCUGCCAUCGCCGGCAUUGUCACCAUGAUCAUUCUGUACACGACUGAGAUCUCUACCACGGACCCGACGCCAACCGUCACGUCCGCCACCCCGGGACCACCACCUGUCACGAGACUGCCGAAGAAUCUCGUUCCUCACAGCUACAAGAUCUUCCUGCAGCCUCACCUCUACACCCGAAUCAUUGAGAUGGGGAAUGACACCAGUCCCAACCAGACAAAAGUCUUCACCGGGAACUCUACUGUUAACUUCCACUGUGUCGAGACCACUAAAACCAUCUACCUCAACAGCAAGGACCUGACAGUUUUUGAUCCAGUGGUGACGAACACGAAACACAAUGAGAUGAUAGGCGUUGCAGAAAUGAAACACCGCGAAGACCAACGUAACCUCCUCGAGAUUCAGUUGAAUGAGACUUUGGAGGCAGGGGGAAACUACAGUUUGUUUCUGGCUUUUAAGGGAGAACUAUCACAGCUCGAUGGGCUGUUUGUAAGCACAUACCAUGAAGGUAAACCAGCUUAUGAAGGUGAUACAAACACAAAGAGAUACCUUGCUGCUACCAAUAUGGAGCCAACAGAUGCCAGUAGAGUGUUUCCUUGUUUCGAAGAGCCAGAAAUGAAGGCUGUGUUUAAUGUCACCAUCAUCCACAGGCGAGACACAAUAGCUCUAGGAAAUGAGGAGAAAUCAGGCUCCUUUAUUAUAGACGAUGACUGGCAAUACACCACUUUUCAUCCGACGCCGAAGAUGUCAACGUACUUGUUUGCCUUCACGGUUUCAGAGUUCACAUCGACGCCCUCCCUCCACGAGCGUGUGGACAUUCAAACGUUUGCCCGUCCUGAUGUCACCGCAGCAGGACACACUCAGUACGCAGCCAACAUCACGGGAGACAUCCUCAAAUUCUACGAGAGUUAUUUUGGAAUUGAUUACCAACUGAAAAAGCUGGAUCAAAUUGCACUACCACACUUAAAUCCCGCAGCAAUGGAAAACUGGGGACUGAUCACAUACCAGGAGUCAGUCCUGCUUUAUGAGGAAGGAGUGUCCUCACCGUUGCAAAAGCAAGUGGUCGUCACUCUCGUUGCACAUGAGCUGGCACACCAGUGGUUUGGAAAUCUGGUGACAAUGAAAUGGUGGAACGAAAUUUGGCUGAACGAGGGCUUUGCCACCUACAUGUCUUACUUUGCAGUGGACCAUGUGGAGCCGACAUUUAAAUUGACAGACAUAUUUGUCAUGAACGACCUCCAUACAGCGUUUGAGGAGGAUGUUCUGGACUCAUCCCAUCCCCUCAUUCCUCCGCAGGAAAAAGUCCGGACGACUCAUGAGAUCCUUCGGUUGUUUGAUGCUAUAACCUACAGUAAGGGGGCAAUUGUGCUGAGAAUGUUGGCAGCCACAGUGGGAGAAAGGAUUUUCCACCACGGGAUCAAAAUGUACCUGUCGGCCUUUAGGUAUAAAAACACUGACCAGAAUGAUCUAUGGGAAUAUAUACAAAAGGCCGUAGACGAGAAUAAUGGUCACACUAAGGUUGCCAUGAUGAUGGACAGCUGGACCAGUCAAAUUGGCUAUCCUCUCAUCACCAUCAACACCACCAAUGGAGAAAUCUACCAGAAGCACUUCCUGUUCAAUACCUCUUCUGAAUCUAGUCUUUUGUGGUACGUCCCAAUCACAGUCAUGUCAAAUGCAUCUCAGUCAUCUUUCUUCUUGACGAACAGCACAGAAAAGAAACAGGAAUUAAUUUCUAAGGAUGGAGAGUGGAUCCUGGCAAACAUCAACCGCACGGGAUACUACAGAGUCAAUUAUGACCCAGAGAACUGGGAGCGCCUUCUGACUCAGCUUGAAAGAAACCCACAUCGGAUCCCACGGAUGAACCGAUGGCAGCUUAUUGAUGAUGCUUUUAUGUUAGAAAGGGCCAAACUUGUGGACGUUACUCUGGCUCUGAAUUCAACCCGCUUCCUUCGGAGCGAGACAGCGUACAUUCCCUGGGAAACAGCAGUCAGGAACCUCGAAUACUUCGUCCUCAUGUUUGACCGCUCCGAGGUGUACGGACCCAUGCAGGUGUACCUCCGGGAACAGGUUAAGGGCCUGUACAACUUCUUCAGCAACUACACAAACAAUUCAGAAGUCCCAGAUGACCACUCCUUACAGCACAACCAACUCAUCGCCAUAGAGGUGGCAUGUUCCAACGGACUCCCAGAAUGCUUAGCGAUGGCUUCAAAGAUGUUUGCCACCUCGAUGGACAACAACAGCACGAACAACAUCCACCCCAACCUGCGGUCAGUAAUCUACUGCCAAGCUGUGGCUGCUGGCGGGAAGAGAGAGUGGGAUUUUAUCUGGAGCAAGUUUCAGAGCUCCAGCGACACCACUGAGAAAGACCAGCUCCGUGAAGCUCUGUCUUGCACCAAGAAGAUUUGGCUGCUCAACAGAUACCUGGACUACACUUUGAAUCCUGACAAGAUCCGCCUGAUGGAUGCUGUCUCCACUAUUAACUACAUAGCCAAGAACGUGGUGGGGCAUGCGCUGGCCUGGAACUUUAUCAGAGCACACUGGAAAUAUGUCAGGCGGGGGGACUCAGUGUCGACGCUGAUCGAGGGAGUGACCAGCAGGUUCUCGACGCAGUUUGAACUUGAGGAGCUGAAACGUUUUGCAGAGGACCCCAAUCUGGGUCUUGGUGAAGCGGGGGUGAACGAGGCCAUAGCGCAAACCCAAGUCAACAUCCAGUGGGUCAGCGAGCACAAAGAUAUUAUACUAGAGUGGUUUGAAAGGGAAACAGCUUCAUAGAGGGGAAAAACGCUCUUUCAUUGUUUUAGAGCGUCACAGAUCAGCUGUGCCAGCAGUUUUCAAUUCUGCAGCUGGAUACUCUUAAGACUCUCCUACUCCGCUAAAUCCACUUCAACACCAAGAACCGAUGAAGAGUGGAUCACGCUUUGCCAGGAAAAUGGACGGGAGAAAUAACCAGGACAUGAGGGAUUCAAUUUCCCAUCAAACAAUUAGCAAAGAGAACCGUGAUCAUGCUGCAGUACAGUACUGAUCGAUAAUGAGAGGAAUGUGGCACUUAAGACCAAAGUGAGACACAGAAGUGUUUAUGUGUGUAUUCAUGUGCAUCAUGUAUGCAGUAUAUUCAAUGCCAACAGUCAGGAACAAGAUUUUGACCCAGCACUUUGUGAUUUUGGAUAAUUUUCCUUUGUUGUUGUUGUUGCUCAAAGUGAUUUUAGAAUAAAAACUUUGUGUUGAUUUUUGUCACGGUGGAAAAGGGAUGAAGCUUCCAUUGGUUCUAAAAUUUACCAGCGUUUCGAUGAUGCCAAUUUCCAGACCAGCUUCUCAACAUUCGCACAAGUCAGAACCAAAGGACAGAAAGGCCUCUGUUAUAUGGAACAUGUCUAUAUGUGUAUUAUACAGUGUAUGUUGUAAUCAAGGAACCAAAUUAUUCUUGAAUGUUGUGUUCUUUUAAUAAAACAAAAGUC